AUGGCUAAAUAUAUUGAACGUGAUGCACACGGUUUGGUAAUCGAGGGGUUUGAUGAAAUGAGCUCGAUCACUACGACCAUGAUGGACCAGAUCUGGGGCACACUAUAUCUGGGCUCAAUGGACGAUGCAUUGAAUGUGGCGGCGCUUACUAUGCAUAAUAUUAAAACAAUAUUGACCAUCAUGAAUUACCCCAUAUCUGAUGACCAACGCCAGCCAAACAUCACAUACCAUUGGAUCAACGCUCAAGAUGUAGGCAAUUGGGAUCUAUUGACAUACUUUCCCGAAGCCAAUGAUAUCAUCGACGGUGCGGUGACCGCCGGCAAUAACGCCGGUAUACUCGUGCACUGCGCGGCCGGUGUGUCGCGAUCGGCCACUAUUGUCAUCGCAUACCUCAUGCAAACGCUUCAGCGGCCGUACGAAGAGGUCAGAGAUUUGGUCCGCCGGCGACGGCCGGAGAUAUACCCAAACGAGGGGUUUGUCGAUCAGUUAGAGCUGUUUGAGGCGAUGGACUACUGUCUGGACGCCAACGAUCGUCGGCUCAGACACUAUCUGCUGAAUACCUAUGUAAGGGCUGUGGAGGACGGUUUGGAUCAGUACUUCCAGCGCCUAUCUGUGGCCGAGAAAUUGACAUUAGAUAUGUAUUAUGGGGUACCCUAUGCUUGCAUUAGUUGUGCCGCUGUGCUGUUCAACGAGAUAAAUGUGGUCAAGAAUUAUCAAUAUAAUGGUCCGGAUGUUUGCGGCCGAGUAUUCAUUGAACCCCAGCCCUGGAUGUCUGACCAGUUGGCGGCGCCGUUCGAUGAGACGGUACAUGAGUUGGAGGUUAAAUGUCCUCAUUGUCGACAAGUGGUGGCCAAAUGUGCGACAAUGAUCUCAAAUUACAAACUAUUAGUUAAGAAUAUUGAUUGCAAAUGUGGUCAUCAUAAUGGUGUGAGGGGUCUUAAAAUAAUGAUGUUAGGCAUAAUUUUAGACAAUAAGUCUAUGUCAUCUUAG